GACCGCGGGCUGGGGAGGGGCAGGACCUCUGGGGGCUUGGCUGCGCGGGGUGGCUUCUGCAGCCACCUCGGUCUGUGGAACGCCCCAGGUACCUCCCCCAGUUCCUUCCCCUGCCUACCUCUAGCGCUUAGCUCUGCGGUCCUUCGGCUCUGCCUGUCCAAGACUUGCUAUUCGUGUCGCUGUGCUUAAUACUGUCUGUCCGUCACCCUAGUUGCUUCUGACUGCUCAUUUUCUCAUUCAUUUUCCCUCCCUGACUUUGGUUCUCCCAUCGAAGCUUGCUGUCUAGUUACCGCUCUGCUUUUUGUGGUCCGCUGAGUUCCGCAGCGUCCAAUUACUUGACUUCUGUCUUCUGCCUGUCUCACCGCUAUCAGCAAGCACAUUUCCCCGCUCACUUGGGUCGCUUCCCUCCUGGUACUCUACUCUGUCUGUCCCCUUCCCCCGGUGUUUUUGACGCCUCUUUGGAACCUCAUUUUCAUCAAGGUUCUAUAUACAACGAGGACUCCUGGGCGUCUACUCUCCCUGCGCUCCAGAUUACUUCCAUUUCUUGGGCACAAUCUUCCCCGAACCACCCCCUUCUCCCGCCCCCGUACCCAUGCCCCAUCCUUUCUACAAGAUAGAGUUUUAUGGUUAGGGAAAUUGAUUUCCUCCACCUCUUGGCUCAGUAGGCCCAGCACCAGUUCCACUUCAAUAUCCUCUCCUAGCUCCCUUCCAGGGGUCUGUGCUCCUACCCACCCAACCCAUACACACCAAAGACUACCUUUCAGGAUGAGCGUAGUUUAGUUAUUAAGGAGACUGCAUGGUUCAGCUUCUCACUCCUUCUUCCCAUUUAAUUCUGAAGACUUAAACUCACUGUGCCCUCCUAAACUUCUUGUUGUCUUCAUUUUCUGUACUUAAUUUUACACUUCCAACAUUGAUCCCAAACAAAUAGAUUUCUGUGCAUGGGAUCUAGGAAUCCUGGUUUUGAUGACAAUUUCCCUUGAUUUUUUUUAACCUGGUUUCCUUCCUAUCUCUAGAUCCAUUUCACAGCCUGAAAAAAAUAUUAAUAAGGCUUCCAUUUUGGGGGAGAUGAGGGGUCAUAUAGCUUAAUUAGCAUUUUCACCUAUGAAUGUAGGAAUUAAUGUCUCCUCUGCCUAGUAAAGGGGGGUCUCCUGUCUCUGAGUCCAGUGACCUAUACAACUAUGCGUGCUGCCUCUAAUCCUUACCCACUUUUUUUCUUCACAUGCUGAUAAUGAGGAUUCAUGGGUCUUGAGUCAGAGCACCAGCCUUGGGGACCCUGGACCACUAUCAUGGAGACUGAGAGUGAGCAGAACUCCAACUCUACCAAUGGGAGUUCCAGCUCUGGGGGCAGCUCUCGGCCCCAGAUAGCUCAGAUGUCACUGUAUGAACGGCAAGCAGUACAGGCUCUGCAGGCACUGCAGCGUCAGCCCAACGCGGCUCAGUAUUUCCACCAGUUCAUGCUCCAGCAACAGCUCAGCAAUGCCCAGCUGCAUAGCCUGGCUGCAGUCCAGCAGGCCACAAUUGCCGCCAGUCGGCAGGCUAGCUCCCCAAACACCAGCACUGCACAGCAGCAGACUACCACCACUCAGGCCUCAAUCAAUCUGGCCACCACGUCGGCCGCCCAGCUCAUCAGCCGAUCCCAGAGUGUGAGCUCUCCCAGUGCUACCACUUUGACCCAAUCUGUGCUACUGGGGAAUACCACCUCCCCACCCCUCAACCAGUCCCAGGCCCAGAUGUAUCUACGGCCACAGCUGGGAAACCUAUUGCAGGUAAACCGGACCCUGGGCCGGAAUGUGCCUCUAGCCUCCCAACUCAUCCUGAUGCCUAACGGCGCAGUGGCUGCAGUCCAGCAGGAGGUGCCAUCUGCUCAGUCUCCAGGAGUUCAUACAGAUGCAGAUCAGGUGCAGAACUUGGCUGUGAGGAACCAACAGGCCUCAGCCCAAGGACCUCAAAUGCAAGGCUCUACUCAGAAGGCCGUUCCCCCUGGAGCCUCCCCCGUCUCUAGCCUCUCCCAGGCCUCUGGCCAGGCCCUAGCUGUGGCUCAGUCUUCCUCUGGGGCCUCAGGCCAGUCCCUCAACCUUAGUCAAGCUGGUGGAGGCAGCGGGAAUAGCAUCCAAGGGUCCAUGGGUCCAGGUGGAAGUGGCCAGGCACCUGGGGGCUUGGGUCAGUUGCCUUCCUCAGGAAUGGGUGGUGGUGGGAGCUGUCCCAGGAAGGGCACAGGAGUGGUGCAGCCCUUGCCUGCAGCCCAAACAGUGACUGUGAGUCAGGGCAGCCAGACAGAAGCAGAAAGCGCGGCAGCCAAGAAGGCAGAAGCAGAUGGGACUGGUCCGCAGAAUGUGGGCAUGAACCUGACACGGACAGCUACACCUGCUCCCAGCCAGACCCUUAUUAGCUCAGCCACCUACACACAGAUCCAGCCCCACUCCCUGAUCCAGCAGCAGCAGCAGAUCCACCUCCAGCAGAAGCAGGUGGUCAUCCAGCAGCAGAUUGCCAUCCACCACCAGCAGCAGUUCCAGCACCGUCAGUCUCAGCUGCUCCACACAGCCACACACCUCCAGCUGGCGCAGCAGCAGCAGCAGCAGCAGCAACAGCAGCAGCAGCAGCAGCAGCAGCAGCAACAGCAGCAGCAGCAAGCCACAGCUCUCUCUGCCCCUCAGCCUCCACAGGUCCCACCUACUCAGCAGGUCCCACCUUCCCAGUCCCAGCAGCAAGCCCAAACCCUGGUUGUUCAGCCCAUGCUUCAGUCUUCACCAUUGUCCCUCCCACCCGACCCCACUCCCAAGCCACCCAUCCCCAUCCAGUCCAAACCACCUAUAGCACCGAUCAAACCUCCGCAGUUAGGGGCUGCUAAGAUGUCAGCUACACAGCAACCACCACCCCAUAUCCCUGUGCAAGUUGUGGGCACCCGACAGCCUGGCACAGCCCAGGCACAGGCUUUGGGGUUGGCACAGCUGGCAGCUGCUGUGCCUACUUCCCGGGGGAUGCCAGGUACAAUGCAGCCUGGGCAGGCCCAUUUGGCCUCUUCGCCACCUUCAUCCCAGGCUCCUGGUGCGCUGCAGGAGUGCCCUGCCACAUUGGCCUCUGGGAUGACCCUUGCUCCUGUGCAGGGGACAGCACAUGUGGUAAAGGGUGGGGCUACCACCUCCUCACCGGUCGUAGCCCAGGUCCCUGCUGCCUUCUACAUGCAAUCUGUACACCUGCCGGGCAAAGCCCAGACAUUGGGCGUCAAACGCAAGGCUGAGUGUGAGGAGGAGAGAGACGAUGUCUCCACAGUGGGUUCAGUGCUUCCUGCCAAGGCCUCUCCAGUAGCAGAGAGCCCAAAGGCCAUGGAGGAGAAGAGCAGUCUUGGAGAGAAAGCUGAUCCAGUGACCAAUGUGAAUGCUAAUAUCCCAAGCAGUGAACUAGUAUCCUUGGCUCCUGCCCCAUCAGCACCACCUCCUACACUCGCCAUGGUGUCAAGACAGAUGGGUGACUCAAAACCCCCACAGGCCAUUGUGAAGCCCCAGAUUCUCACCCACAUCAUCGAAGGCUUCGUUAUCCAGGAAGGAGCAGAACCUUUCCCGGUGGGUUGUUCUCAGUUAUUGAAAGAGUCUGAGAAGCCACUGCAGACUGGCCUCCCAACAGGGCUGAAUGAGAAUCAGUCAGGUGGCCCCGUGGGCGGGGACAGCCCAUCUGCCGAGCUGGACAAGAAGGCGAACCUCCUGAAGUGCGAGUACUGUGGGAAGUACGCCCCCGCAGAGCAGUUCCGUGGCUCCAAGAGGUUCUGCUCCAUGACUUGUGCUAAGAGGUAUAAUGUGAGCUGUAGCCACCAGUUCCGGCUGAAGAGGAAAAAAAUGAAAGAGUUCCAAGAAGCCAGCUAUGCCCGUGUUCGUCGGCGUGGGCCCCGCCGCAGCUCCUCUGACAUCGCCCGUGCCAAGAUCCAGGGCAAGCGCCAUCGGGGUCAAGAGGACUCUAGCCGGGGUUCAGAUAAUUCCAGUUAUGAUGAAGCACUCUCUCCAACAUCUCCUGGGCCUUUAUCAGUGAGAGCUGGGCAUGGAGAACGAGAUCUGGGGAACCCCAAUACAGCUCCGCCCACACCUGAAUUACAUGGCAUCAACCCGGUGUUCCUGUCCAGUAAUCCUAGCCGUUGGAGUGUAGAGGAAGUGUAUGAGUUUAUCGCCUCCCUACAAGGCUGCCAAGAGAUUGCGGAGGAGUUCCGUUCCCAGGAGAUUGAUGGACAGGCCCUUUUAUUACUUAAAGAGGAACAUCUUAUGAGUGCCAUGAACAUCAAGCUGGGCCCUGCCCUCAAGAUCUGCGCCAAGAUAAAUGUCCUCAAAGAGACUUAAGGUGGCCCUCUUGCACAAAGCAGCCUAAGGCAGACGUUCCCCACUGUCCGGGUUGUAACUUGGUACCAGCAGACUUUACAGGGAAUAAAGAACUGUUCCAAUUAUGUAAAUCUGUGGAGGGCAUUACUGAGACAAGGAAGGAAAGUUCGAAUUGGUUGCUGGUGCUACAUGGCAGAGCUUUGACAUUUUCUCUGGGUUCUACUUUAUUUUUUAAAAUCUUUACAAUUCUCACCUCCCCAAUCCAACCUUUAUAAAAGAGGAAGUCUAGAGAACUAGGACUGCUCAGCCUUAUCCUGGAGUGGCGUGGAACCAGGGUCUCAGUUCUCCAAGAGGAAUAUGCAUUAUGCUAAGGCAAGGAAAUGGGUGAAAUGUAGUUGUGCCUCCCCAAUGGGAGAGGUAGGGUUCUUCUAGCUUGUGUGACACAAGUAGCAAAAUCUGGUACUUCUUCUGGAUUAUCUGACAGUAGCUAUGGUCCAGUUUUCUUUGUUGUCAGUCACUCCUGUACUAUUGAACAUUUUCUCCUGCAUCCAUAGCAGGUUCACCAGGCAGUGUAGAGACUUGGCUGGCAUCAUUCUGAUUUGCUGCAGGGACUAAAAGUGUUUGGCACACGUGGCUGUUGUCAUUCUUUCUGCAUCCAUCCCCCUGCUCCCUUCCAAUCUAUCUGUUGUCUUCUACCCUUCCUUUUCAGUUCCAACUCUGCUCUGUCCUAUAGCUUUAUAAACCAGGAGUGUGUGGGGCUGAGGUCAGGAGUAUAAAUACCUGCCUUAGGUGCUAUUCCUUAUACAACAAAAAUAUUAAAUAUUUUUUUCCUCCUCAGUAAAAGGAUAAAAAUUGGUCUCAGUUGUCGCUUACUGCAAUCCAGUGUCUUUCACACAAAUGACUAGGCCAACUUUUUUUUUUUUUUUUAAUCUUUCAAGUGCUUUUGUACAAAAAAAUGGUUGGUUUUUUCUUUUGUAUUUGUAAAAUAGGUGUGGGGCAGGGAUGCAAACAAGUAACAAAAAAGAUGCUUUUAUAACAUUAUUUUCCCUGUUUAGAAAGAAAAAAUAUCAUCCCAAUAGUAUUUAAAAGUCCAAGGAUGAAAGAAUUUUUUUCUCUAAGGCUAUAAAAAGGUCCCUGCCUGUUGAUUUCAUCCUCAUGUAUCCAGCGGAGCCUUGUUUCUCUUCAGUGGCACAGGUUCACUAUUAAAGAUCAGGCCAGGUUUCUGGGUACACGGCCUAAAUGUAAAGGUGGAAACCUCAGAGGAUUAAAAACCUCUCCACACAGAAAUGCUGUGGGCAAGAAGAUACUUCCCUGAGUCAGAAGGGACAGGUGCAGCGGCAUCCCACACCCAGAGCAGAGAUGACAGAGCCCUAGAGGUCCCACUUCUGCCUCCAUUCCCUUUCCAGAAGAUUGAAAAUAAAAAAGUCAAAUCGACAUGCCUGUGAAGAAAGUGCAACAUGUUUAGAAACACUGGUAGAGGGAAACAUCUCAGGAGUAAGAAAAGCUUUGCCAGCUUUUACUACGAGUGGGAGGAAAAAGCCAUCGAGGCGAUCCCAGUACAAAGUAAACAAACUUCCCUUUUCCGGAACUCUUGUAGCAUAGAGGCGACACUUCGAAUUUCUCUUUCUAACGCACUGGACUUCUGGAGUAGGCAUUUUGGCUACAUAUGAACUAAUAACCAAAGACCACAAUCCAGGGCCCAGUUCCAACUACAGAGUCAUUCCAAUUCCAACGAAUGAUGUGAUGGUACCUUAUAAUCCUCUAAUUGGGAAAUUUCACAUUUUCCCAUCCUAACCCCAGAGGUGGGAGAAGCAGGUCUUCAUCUCUAGGCUCAGACGAAAUGGUAGUACUUGGACUGCAACCAAGUAAUCACUGCAAAGUAAUUCCAAGCAGCAAGAAAUCACAUCCAGAUUCUCAUGGAGACUACUGUAGGGUACAGAGUGAGAGCAUGAAAGCAAUCAAACUUUGUAUAAAUAAUAGUACUUCGCUUUUUUAAUUAAACAAAUCCAGUGUCUCAAAAACUUGUGAACUGUUUAAAAAAGGAAGGGCCAGCAAGCCUGCCACACGCUUUUGCUCAUUAAAACUACCAUGCCUGCGCCUUCCUAUACCAAGAGCGCCACAGCCCCUUGUCACUGGCCCUAUUACCUCUGGCCUACAAC